ACCAAAUUGAACAAAUAAUCCUCUAACUUUGUAAUUAAAAUAGAUGACACUCCGUUUGAUGCAACUUUUUAUGUAUAAAUAAAGAGACAAUCCAUGAUUUUGUAUCAAACUCUAAUCUUUGCUUCUCUCGGAGGAUUAAUUUUGUCGCAAGUUGCUCCAAGACGCGAUGCUGAAUAUCCUCCGCCAGAACUUUUGGCUGCUGUCAAGCCAAUUCAUGAUAUUUGUGUUACAAAAACUGGCGUAACUGAAGAGGCAAUAAAGGAAUUUAGUGAUGGUCAAAUUCAUGAGGAUGAAAAGUUGAAAUGUUAUAUGAAUUGCGUUUUUCACGAGGCAAAAGUUGUCGAUGAUAACGGAGAUGUUCAUUUAGAGAAACUUCAUGAUAUGCUGCCUGAUAGCAUGGCAGACAUUGCAUUACAUAUGGGUAAAAGGUGCUUGUAUCCAAAAGGAGACACUUUAUGUGAAAGAGCUUUUUGGCUUCAUAAAUGCUGGAAAACAGCUGACCCAAAGCAUUAUUUCCUAUUCUAAAGCUUUUCAUAGUUUUCCUGCAAUAUCGCAAUGAUGAUAAGAACAUUUAGUGAAUAAUACAUAUGUGCACAUAAAAUAAAAAGAAUCCAAAUUGACACAUG